AUGAAAAACAACAAUGACAGUUUGACACCACUUAUUGAAAAAAUUUGUACCGUAAGCACCGUUGGAUUAUUUUUAACAGGCGUACAAAUAUGUAAUCGAAUCUAUCGUAUGCGUACAACAGGUGAUAUAUCAGGUUUUCCAUUUGUUGCAACGGUGGUUAAUUGUACUCUUUGGCUUUUAUAUGGUUAUGCAGCUAAUAACUCGACUAUUAUGAUUGUCAAUUUUAUAGGAGCCAGUUUACAAAUGUUGUAUGCAUUGAUUUAUCUUCAAUAUACAGCUGAUCGUAGUACAUAUAUUCGUUUACUCGGAUCUGCAGUUGCUUUUCUUGCGACCGUUACUUUUUAUUUUCAAUACGUAGUAUCUGAUCAGAGCGUAGCAGUUUUUCGUGCUGGUCUUGUAGCAUCAAUUGCUACUGUGAUUAUGUUUGGUUCACCAUUAGCUUCACUUCGGCACGUUAUUCAAAAGCAAACUACCGAAUCACUUUCGCUACCAUUAAGUUUGGCCAAUCUUAUCGUACCUAUUGAAUGGGUUCUGUAUGGUAUUUUAAUUGAUGAUAAAUUUGUUCAAGUACCGAAUUUUCUUGGUGCUAUAUUGGGCUUUAUUCAAGUUUCUCUUUUUUAUAAAUAUCCACGUCAAUCUGGUCUUUUACCAAAAGCCACGAAUCUUGGAGCAAUUUAA